AUGCUUUACCAGUUCCACAAAUGCAGCAAGUCUCAUGCUCAAGGUUUCAUUACAGCACUUCACUACUUGCCAGAGGAUAUUUAUUCUGGUCUUCAGAUCGUUUUCAAGUUCCCUGACAGUGCACCACUUCAUUUAUUGAUUCAUCUUGAGCCUUUUGUCUUUUCCGUAGGCUAUAAGCUAGACAGUAUCCAUGAGUCCCUUGAUCCAGGAGAAUCUGUAAGAAAAGCUGAAGCAAUAUUCAUUGGUGGCGGCAACACCUUUCGUCUCUUGAAAGCUCUUUACGACAAUGGCCUGAUACAGCCAGUCAGGAAAAGAGUUCUGGAGGAUGGGAUCCCAUACAUUGGAUCCAGUGCAGGAACCAAUGUAGCAACAAUCAGCAUCAACACAACCAAUGACAUGCCAAUUGUGUACCCCCCUUCUUUUUUGGCCCUUGGACUCGUUCCUUUUAACAUCAAUCCACACUACUUGGAUCCAGAUGUUAACAGCACCCACAUGGGGGAAACUCGUGAGAAGAGGAUUCAGCAGUACCAUGAAGAACCAAACACACCACCAGUAUUAGGUUUACGUGAAGGAUCACUCUUGCUUGUGGAAGGAGAGAAAGCAACAUUGCAAGGAAAAACGGGGGCUCGGCUGUUUGUGAGAGGAAGCACUCCAACAGAACAUGAGCCUGGAACAGAUUUCAGUUUUCUAUUGACUGAAGGCCCUGAGAAGUUGUGAUGUUUUUUGAAGCAAAUCCUGACAGCAAUAAUCCAAGCAAGGUCCUGUGCAGCAGAGAAAGCAACGUGAAUCCACAAACUCAGGUGUCCAGUACCUACUGUUACCCCAGAACUGGUUCCACAGCUGAGCUGUAGUUUCCCACAGCAGAGGUCAACUCUCUGUCAUGGGUAAGAUACUGACCUGAAUCAGCUCUCAGAAAGACAUAGUAAUAAAGAACUGCUGUGAGAGCA